UGUGUGCAACUACGCGCGAGAAUCACGCAGUCUGCGUUGUCAAUAAAACCUAGAAAAACAUGCACUUAUUGUUUGGUGUAAAAUGUAGAAAUUCAAACAUUUAGCUGAAAAAUGCUUUAUUUUGGAAAAUAAAUCAUAGAAAUUAGUUUUGCUUUAUGGCAUCUACCAAGGAGCUUACCCAGGGGUCUUCGCACCACACUUUCCAAGAUGGCUGCCUCCAUCACAGGUUUACUAAAACCUUGGACACCAAGGGUACUCCUGGUGAGAUGGAGCAGGUACAACCCUUACUACCUGGAGCCUGAGCCUCGGAAAGAGGUGUACCACAUCCCAGAGACUGAGCUCACACCUGAGCAGAAAGAGGAGAGGGAGCUGAAAUCUGUCAGGCCCAUAAAGGCAGCCACCAACUCUGUCACCAGCUCUGUUUUCAACGACCCUGUGUUGAGCAAGUUUGUCAACAUGAUGAUGAAAGAUGGUGACAAGAUUAUUGCCAAAGGUAUCAUCACACAGACAUUGGAGAACAUGAAGAGAAAACAGGUGGAGAAGUACCACAAAGCCCCCGAGGGAAAGAAGGCAGAGAUCGAGUGUAAUCCAUACGCCAUCUUCCACCAGGCUCUGGAGAACUGCAAGCCUGUCAUUGGCCUGGCUAGCAUUCAGAAAGGGGGCAAGUUCUAUCAGGUGCCCAUACCUCUGACAGAUAACAGGCGGCGCUUCCUGGCCAUGAAGUGGAUGAUCACAGAGUGCCGGGACAACAAGCACAGACGCACACUAAUGUACGAAAAACUAUCCCAGGAACUGCUGGCCGCCUUCUCCAAGGAGGGCAACGUGGUCAAACGGAAACACGAACUGCACAAGAUGGCCGAAUCCAACAGAGCCUACGCCCACUAUCGCUGGUGGUAGUUGACUUUGAAGUCUGAGUGCAGCAUUCAAAAUGGGACCUUAUGGACUGGAAGGAGUUCAAUUCACUUUGGUCAAACUUGAGGUGGAGUUCCUUGUUGGAAAAUAAAAACAUCAUGGACAUUUGUGCAACACAUCAUGGGAGAUUGUCUUCAAUGUCGUGCAUUGACAGGCUAUGUAAAUCUCUUGGACUCCAUUGUGAAAUAUUUGGAAUGGUGUGUAUCCAAGUAUACUGACCACAAAUACAAUUACUGUAAAUGUGGCUUCUUUUACUAACAUUGUAUUAUGGUUCAAUAAAGAAUGAUUGAAAACAUUACAAAUGACAUGAUCACAUACUGUAUUUAGAAUAUAGGUGCAUUCAUCAGUGUCAUCUUCAAAUAAAUACAAAGCUUAGUUAAAACCCA